AAUUAAAAAAAAAAAUUCUAUAUUGCAUGUUUUUCGUUUUAGUAAAACUGUAAAAGACUAUGAUAUAAAUUCGAAACGAGUACGGCACGCCAAAAUAUUUCAGGUUUCUCCUCCAGAAAGGUAGAAACGCACGUAUCGUCGUUCGCCAUGGACGGUGAAGACUUUAUGACGGAUCAACAGGCAAAGUUUGAUGACGAUUUUGAAGAAGAAAUUUAUGAUGAAGACAAGUAUGAUGCUCUUAAUGAUGAAACUUUUGGGAAUGAUAUGUCAGAUGGUGAUUGGGAAGCAGAUCAUGAAAAAUAUGCUCAAUAUGAUGAAGUUAGUAAAAAAAAAUGGCCUGAUGAACCGGAAGUCAAUGAUUAUUUAACUAAUUCGAUUCCAUCUGAUCCAAAUGUAUUCACGGAGUCUUUGAAAUCAUUACCAGAUCUAGAAAGAGAACUAAGACAGUUACAUACAUUUAAUCACCGAUAUGAAGUACCGCCUUUACCAUUACCUUUCCAAUAUCAAAAUAAUUUUAAUUUUGUUAAUCAAAAUUAUGGUAUUAAUCUACCAAGUAAUAAUUGUGGUCCAAUUAGAAGACCAAUUCCAGUUCAAGGCUCAAAUCCUAUACCACGAAAUGUUUUCAACGCACCUCCUGGGUUCAGAGAAGUAAAUGUAAAUGGACAUAUAGAUGAUAUUUUGACUAAACCUCCACCAAAAGUCAUUUCAUCAGCCAUAAGUGUAGCUGAUUUGGAAAGACAAUUGAUUGAUGCUGUAAAAGUAAGUCCAACUUACAAUCAUCCUGUACCAGAAGUAAACCAAGGAUAUUUACCAUUUUCUCAGUACUAUAAACGUGAAAUUCCUCAGUACAAUUUAUCAAACGUUCGUGUUGUACCAAAAAAUUUUCCAAGGAAUAAUAAUAACGUUCCAAGAAAUCUUUUAAAUAAUGUUAAAAGAUUUAAUAACAUGGCUUAUCAAAAUUUUCCUAAAAUGAAGAAUUACACAUUUGAUGAGCAGUCAGAUUUUACUGAUUAUGGUGCUGGGUUUAUGACAGUGAGAGAAAAACAUUGGUUAGCUGGAAUACAAACAAUACAAUUCCAUAAUAGUAACCCAUUAGAAGAAGAUUACUAUUUUACUAUGUAUCAAAAACGUCAUCAUGGUUCUAGUGGACCAAAACCCAACAGUAAUUUUCAUCAAACAGAUACACAAUCCAGAUUUAACAAUUCAUAUACACAAUUACACUUUGAAAAUUCUUUAGGAAAAGUUCUGAUUGGCAGUGUGAUAACUCCAAGAAAGAUGAUUGAUAUAGAAACAAAUGAUUUUGCACCUUCUUCUGCAUCCUCAACAGACCGAGCUGUAGUUGCCCAAAAAAAUUCAAAACAAAUUCUUUUAGAAAUUGAACAUAUGUAUAUACCACUACUGAAAAUAGAACAAACAUAUUAUGCAAUUAGGAACAAAGCACAAGCAGCGCCUACUGUACAACAAUACAUUGAUGAAUUAACAGAAAUCUUGUCUAACCACUUACAUCACUUAGUUUCAUAUGUGACUAUACGUAAAGGAAAACAACUGGUGCACAGAAUUUUACCCCAUCUCAAAAACCCAUCAUUCUUAUGGAGUGUAUUUUUCGGCCCUUCAAUUUGUACAAUAAUUUCAAAAGACAGUGAAGAUCAAUUAUUAUUACUUUUUUUGCCGUACAUAAGACAAUGGAUAUUUUGUUUAUGUCUCACUGAACUAAAUCAAAUUGCAGAGUACUUAAUGAAAAAUCUGUCUUAUGUUUUGAUAAGUGUUUUUGGUAUAUCAGUUAUAGCAAAUAUGAUCGAACGAGCAGAAGAAGUUCGACCCACAACUGAACGAAAAGUAUUGAAACAAUGGAGUAAUUUCAUAAGCAAUGUCAUAUCUGUUGGUUCAGAAAAUACAAUACAAAGACCAGUUAUUGGUUUAGAUAAAAAAAUUAUUGAACAGCAUCUCACAUAUUUGCCGCUAGAUCAAUCUAUUACAAUUGAAAAAAGAUUAAACCUUGUACAAAAAAUUAGUCUCUUGGGUGACAUGACUAAGAAAUAAUCAUCAUUCUUGACAUACAAUGAUUUUAUUUUCAUAUAAGUAACAAUGAUCACUAUUAUCACUGCAUAGAAUUAUAUCACAAUGGAUAAAUUUCUUUGAAAAUCUUGGAAAAAAUUGUAAUCUCUUUUGCACUUUAUUCAGUGUUGUAAAUAAUAUUAGAAGUUUUUUGACUGAAAACUUUUAUUGUAUUAACUUUGUUAAUCUUA